ACUGGCAAAGUUGAAUCAUUUACUAAACAAUGUGUCUGUUUUCCUGCAUGUAUAAAAGGCUGUGGCACGAUCCUGUUGCUGUUUCAAUGAGAAAAACGUUAGCCUAGCACAAUGGCAAAGAUAACCUUUUACGAGGACAGAAACUUCCAGGGCCGGUCCUAUGAGUGCAGCAAUGACUGCGCGGACCUGCACUCCCACUUCAGCCGCUGCAACUCCAUCCAGGUGGAGAGCGGCUGCUGGAUGGUCUACGAGCGCAACAACUACUCCGGGUACCAGUACUUCCUCCCCCGGGGCGAGUACCCCGACUACCAGCGCUGGAUGGGCUUCAACGACUGCGUCCGAUCCUGCCGCAUGAUCCCCCAACACCAAGGCUCUUACAAGAUGAGGAUCUACGAGCGUUCGGAAUUCGGCGGUCAGAUGAUGGAGUUCACGGAGGACUGCCCGUCCCUCUACGACCGCUUCCGGUACAACGACAUCCACUCCUGCAACGUGAUGGAGGGCUACUGGCUGUUCUUCGAGCACCCCAACUACAGGGGGCGCCAGUACCUGCUGAGGCCCGGGGAGUACCGCAGGUACAGCGACUGGGGCGGCAUGAGCUCCAGGAUCGGGUCCUUCAGGCGCGUCACAUACCCCAACUAG